GUGCUGCACCUUAUGAAUAAAAUGAAUCUACCCCCUCCCUUUGGACCCGUUACUGCUCGACCACCCAUGUAUGAAGAAUAUUUACCAGCACCUGUGCCGCCGCCGCCUAUCCCACCACUGCCUCCGGAGGAGCCUCCUUUGCCUGAAGAAGAGGAAGAUCAGGAAUCUAGCAGAGAAGAAUCUGAAUAUGAAAGUGCUGAUGAGGAAGAAAAGGAGAGAAUGACUAAAUUGAUGGAAUUAGCAGCCAUUCAGCCUAAAAGACCAAUAUCCACAAAGCAGCGUAGUGUGAGAAAAAAGCAAAAGAUAAAAGACUUGCUGAAUGCUCCCACAUCUGCUCCCCACAGUAAUCUGCACCCUACACUAUCACCUUCGGAUGUGUUUGAGCAGCCACAAUCUGUUGGUCAUAAAAAAAUUAAGUUCCAAAUUUCUGCAGACAUUCCGGAUGUUCUUCAGAAAAGCUUAGAGAGAGACCAAAACAAUGAUCUUUAUGCAACUUCAGAAGAAAUAACUAAUGCAGGAUUUGGAAAGAUCUUCCCAGCUCCUAGCUCUAAUGAUAAAGAGGACACAGAAGAAGAAGAAGAUGAUGAUGAAAUACCAUCAGAAUUUGUUUCUAGAAGGGAAUUGGAAAAAGGCAGACUUUCUAGAGGAGAAAUGGAAAAACUUUCCAUUUUCAAAAACUAUGAGCCAGGUGAUCCAAACUGCAGGAUUUAUGUGAAGAAUUUGUCAAAACAAGUUCAAGAAAAGGAUCUCAAGUUUAUUUUUGGAAGAUACGUUGACUUUCAAUCAGAAACUGAACGAAUUAUGUAAGUUAUUUCAAUUUCUUG